AUGAUCGCCCGUCUGGAAGACUCGCUUCAUGUCUUCGUCGCUGACAGAGAACAGACCCAGCUUCCUUUUCCUCCGCGCAGCCCCUUUCAUCGCAAGGUUUGUUACCUUGCUCGUCCUCCUCAAAACGCCCCAUUCGGCUAUUCCGGGGGAGCGGUUCGCCCAGCUUUCAGACGCGUCGGGCGCGCCGGAGGGGGGCCGCGACGUCCCGAAAGCCGCCGCGGUCGAGCCGCAGAAAGUUGUCGAGGUCGAGGAGGAGGACAAGCAAAAUCGCGCCCCUCAGACUUCUACCACGUUUUUGCGAAGGCCCAGAAGCGUUCAGGGGAAGGCCGCUCCGAGGGGGAAGGCAGUGCCUACGGCUGCUUCGGGAUCUUCCACGGCGACCUUGAAAAGUAUUUCCGAGGAAGACUAUCGAAAUUUUAUGUGUCUUUGUUUUAUUGCGCUUUCAUCUCAUUGCAAUGUCGUGUGCUACAGAGCUCGAGCUAGAAUUUUUAAGAAUCCGUCUGCACUUUUGGACGACUCGCUUCCUGAUGCAGAGCUGGGGCCCUCGGCCGCUCAAUGCCCGCGGAUAGUCAGGAUGGGCGUUCUCGCCAAAGGCCCAGUGGAAGGUUCUACAGGAUUCGAUCGUCGCAGAAACAGACGCAUCACGCCAACCGCUACACCACAAGUUGAAGCACAGAGAACACAAUCCAUCAUUACAAACGCUGAGAAUGGAGGCCCUUUAAACGCCCCACCUCAGGCGGAAACUGGAGCUCACGAUAGCCGACAAGGCAAUGCGCAACUGAAAAAUGUUCGUGAUGGUCGCAUAGCACAGCCUCAGAGCAUAUCGCACACAGCAGCAUCGACCGCUGCGCUAGGGACUGGAUUGGGUACGCAUGGAGCGUUUAACGUGCCCACUUCGAACAGCCACAGAAGAACAAACCCGGGGUACACAUCCCCAGACCCUACGCAGACAGACCGACAGGAUCCCGAUUUUGAUCGCAGGUACAUCAAGUGGGCGGUGCGCGCGCCACCAGCACCUGCCCAUCCACCCCACCCUACACAACCGAUCGCUGUCCCAGUAUUUAGUCAGCUACUCUACCCAUACGCAGUGCAAGGAACCACCACGCAUAUGCAUGCGCCAUCGCUGCAUCUCAGGUCGGUCAAUUCUGGGGGAGAGCUAGUGCAACAGGGGAAUCCGGGGCAGUAUCAUUCCGCGCAGGUUCAGCAUGUUCCUUCGGGGGCUAUGAUGUUUCAGCAUGUUGCACAGAACGGGGGGCUAACUGGGGGCUACGAUUUUAGAGAUAUGGGCGCGUCAGACCGCGCGUCCUAUGAUAUCUUGCCUGUGGAUAGGCUGAACGCGAGCUAUCCCUAUGGUAGUAGCUCCCUGCAGCAUCGAGGCGUUCCUCCGCCGCUGACUAGGAACCCCUCACCAGCCUACGGCUUGGACUCCACGGUGGACUUUCCCCCGCUACCAUAGCUGCGCAACGUGCCAGUAAAGCUGGAAUCUUAGCACAUGUAUACCAAA